AUGCUGCAAGGUGAAGCUGGCAUCUGGGUCUCCCGAGCCGUGGACCUCGCCGGCUACGACUUCAAUGUCGAGGCCGCAUCGGUGCGUGUGGCCGAGCGUGCCCGGCGGAGCGUCUUCGGUCGCCCGGCUCUGGCCCUGGAAGACCCUCUGGAAACGGACUGGGACCUGGGCCGCCUGCUGGACGAGCAGCGCCUGGCACGACUCCGUGCGGAGUUGCGCCGCGCCGCGCGCAGGCUGCGUGGAGGUCCUUCGGAGUCCUCUCUGAAGGCAGUCUUCGCCCGGCGUGGGCUCAGGUUUUGUCACAGCCGGGAUGGGUUCCAGGCGAAGGUCGGAGGCGAGUCGGACCUGAUUGGGUGCCAAGCGGAGGUCCUGCCAAGGUGGGCGUGGCAGCUUCUGCACCGGCUUGAAGAGAGGCAGCGCGCGACUUGA